CGCGUGUGCGGUUGUCUAAGUUGGGAAAGAAACAAGGAAAACGGCGCCAAGUUGUCUGAUUGGUUGGUGAAAGUGCUAAAUUGGAUUAACUUGAAGGUGUGAUUCUGGAAUAACUCACGGAGCUGGUUUUUUUGGUGGCGAUUUGGAUUGUCUACGGGAAAACGGUUUUAAGAAAAGGACAUUUCAAUUUUCGGAAAUGAACCCGAAAUGAUAAUUGCAUAGUAUUUCCACUGUGUCUGUGAAACAAAUCGAUCCUCAAAAGUGAAAGUGCCUCCUGUUGGAGGAAAAUUGUGUCGUGUUGUAAAAUCGAUUUUCGCCGAGCGAAAAUAAUGAGUUCGGCCUUCCUUCGACAACGAUGAACGACGAACAUAGAGCAAACUGUACAAACAACACUCAAAACGUGAAUAAUACUGCCAUCGGAUCAUUAUGGAUCCGCCAACAGCAACUAUCCCACAACAGCUGCCAGAGCCGACAGCCUCCGAAGCGUACAUAAUACCGACGCUUGGCCUCCACCAGGGGGCAUUUGUGUUUUCCUAUUUAUCGACGUUUUUGUCGUACAUCACACCGUAUGAACUGCCAGUAGUGUACUGUCUUUUAGAGCUUUUGCGUGAUGCAUUUUACACCCGGGUUUCCGUCGUCCAGCUCAUCGUGGAGGCCCUCAAGGUAGAAUCCGGCUACAUCUGUCUGAUAGCGAUAUUCUUCCUGAUUUCGUUGAUACCAUUCUGUUACACCAUGGCCUGGUGCUGCUCGGCUGCGGUGGAUGAUGAUAUCAACCCGGGGCCAACGGUGGACGCGAUCAUCCAAGCCGAGGAGCUCUCGCUCGAGGAAUCUUUGAAGUGUCGAAAAAGCUUCCUCGGUUUGGUGCUGCAGGUCGUUAUUCUUUUGCUUAUAGCGAGCAUAAUCGCCAUGUUUGUGACGAACGAACAGAUUGCCUCGGCAGUCGAUCAAACUCCAACGGUGGUUCGAUCCUCCCUGGCAGACGUGGAGACGUUCCUGAAGGACACCGACCAGCAAAUAACGUUUGUGCUGCUCGAAGGUUUAACAACGACGGUUGAUAGGAUUAAAAGCGAUCUGGAUGACAUAGACAAGCUGCUAGGUGAACCGAUUCAGUAUCAUCUUUCACUGUUCACUGGAAUUGAUAUUAUUUUCGAAUCAAUCAUGGAUAUCAGCACCAGCUGCAAUAACCUAUCGAGGCGAAUAUCACUUCUGCAGGAAACGCUGACGAGGGCGGCGAAAAUUUCCUACGAGGCCGAAUAUCGUCUAGAUGAACUACAAAUACAGCUUUCCGUCUUACAGCGGCAGUGCAACUAUCGAGACCGGCCGUUGUGUGACACGCUGAAGAUCAGAAAUUUCGAGGAAUCAGGAUUGAUCGACAAGAUUCGACGGGUUCAAAUAGAUUCUGUGUUAGGCAAGUUGAUGUCGAUGGGUGAAGCCGGCAAAAACAGUACGAUGACACAGCUGACGCACGAACUAACGAUUGCGAGAUCAACCUUUAAGAACUAUCGAUCUGGGUUGAGAAAUACAACUGUUGUGUCGAGGGAAUACAUCGAGGACAAUUUGGAGGUGAUGAAUAAUACGACGCGCUCAUAUACCAACACGUUUUCAACCAUGAUCAACAACUUGGUUGGAGAUGUUUCAAAGACUGCCAACUUUUCCGAUUCACUGUUCGAUUACUACAGAGAGGUCGGGGAUGUUUUUUGGUUGACCGGAUUGGUGGCAACGGUAUGUACGUUGUCGGUAACUUUGGUACUACUGGGGGCGUUGAGUUGUGGAUGUUGUCACGCCGACAAUAAGGCUGGAAUCACCCUAGUGAUUGGAGCAAUGAUCAUAUGUUUGGCAAGCGUAGCGCUCUCGAUUUUCGCCAUGGUUGAAAUGCUUGUGGGUGCCCAUGGAUAUGUCUUCAUCUGCUAUCCGUUGUAUGAUGUGCCCAAUUAUAUCGUUCUUGGUAAGCUUAUUGAUAAACCUGGAUUAAUAUAUCCAAUUGAGCCACCAAACGGAAUCAUUGACGAGUUGCUGAAAGGUGCGGAUCCAAAUCGGACCACGUCGGUUAACGUACCUCUGUCCGUCGUCAUUAACGAAUGCGAGAAGAAUAAGGGUGCAUUCACAACAUUUCAGCUGGAAAGCCUGCUCAACGUUUCAAAAAUUACCGACUUUCGAAAGUAUGCUCAUUUGGAUAGAGCUAUCGAAGAUUUGAAUGCUCCCGACACACCUUUCAUUGGAUUUACAACUCAGAUACAAACAAUACUGGAGGAUAUGUUGACCGAUUCGGAUAUAAAUCUGACGGCGUUCCGAGUGGAUCUAACCCAGCUAUCGCCAGACAAGGACGUCAUAACGUUCAUUGACCAACUUCAACGGGUCUCGGCUCAGAUACAGGACGUUGCGACAUCUUCUCGAAUGACUACGCUGGGAAGCAGAGCAAAGCGAUUGCAGACAUCUCUUCUGCAACCAUUGGAACAACUGCGCGGCGAUAUCGUGUAUCAUCUCACGGCUCUAGAGUUGCAAAUUACUCCCUGGGCUGCCCAGGUUAACAAAAGUCUUAACCAUCUGAAAGAUGCCCAAUCCUACAUGGAUGCGGAAUCGGCUGAAGUGUGUCACAAUAAAAGCGAUCUGUUUAGGACACGUCUGAGGGGUCAUUUUGAAGCCUACCGGAAUCAUACCCAGAUGCUGCUGAGUGAAAAAUGUGCCAGUUGUCGACCUCUGUAUGACAUUUUUGACGCGAUGAGAAUGCUCUUCUGUCACCAUAUCAUGGAUCCCAUGAAUGGACUGUGGUUUUCUUCGUUUAUGUGCUUGUUUUUCUGGUCCAUAGCGACGCCCGUGUCACUGAUGAUGUCCAACACGUACCGGAGGCUGGAUAUAUUGGCAGGCAAGCUACAGCACACCAAUAAUAAUUAUUAUGGGAACUUCGGCUCAACUCGUUCUGAUCCUAGACUACAUCGACAUCAGCAUCAACCGCAGCACCAGCCUCCAGAGCCUCCGAGUCAAUGGUCGUCUACAAGGUCGUACAUGGGUUCUACUAGAAAUCUAGCGAAUGUACUGCCGGACAUUGACAGGUCCAAUUGGUGAAACUGAACAUUAUGUAUUUUGCGAAAUUUCACACCCCACAAGCAAUUUCAUUCAGUCCCGAUCCAGCCAACAAAAAAAACCACCUCCACAUGGUUCUGCUUCACCCGAAAGUCGUUGUCCUUCCCUCCAGGUCCGUUCGGGUGCGUUUCGCCACGGUUAAGGAGAGCUCCACCGACGAUGAUAUCAUUCUCGAUGAUGACGAGGUUCACCGGGAUGGAGGUGAAUCCGCAAUCGAAUAUGUUGAAAUGAACGUGGACGGAGACGAUCCAUACAAAUAUCGCGAGUGUUUGAUCUAAUGAAAACUAGACUAGUAGCAUGUGUCAUCUCUGUAAUAAACAGCAUAGAAAAAAAAAUAAAGCGCAAAAUGUUA